AUGAAUCUGUCUUGCCAAGUCUCGAAGAAUGAAGAAAUGCAACACGAAUAUUCACGACGUCGCUGCAAAGCGAAACUCAAGAAUAUGGCUCUUCGUGCACAAGGUGAUUUAACAAAAGAUAAACUACCAUUAUUACCAGUUUUACAGCAAGCAUUUAAUGUCAGCCGAGAACGUCAUACAGCAGAAGUAAAACGAGCAUUAUACGACGAGCAAUUGACAUCUAUCGCUGCUAUAAGUUCAAAUGAUUCUGCGACUACAAUGAAUUGGGAGGUUGAAGCAAAUUAUAUUUGUCCUCCAGUGGUACAUUUAGCACCAGCUACAGAUUAUAUGCAUCUAGCUGAAUGUGUUAUUCAAAAAUGUCCUCCAACAGCUAUUAUUCAAAAUAAUCCAAAUGUAAAAACAACAUUAUUAAAUGAAAGUUUCAAGCAAUUAGUAGACGACGAAAUUCGUCAACAACAAGAUGAUAUUCCAAAUGCAACAGCACAACACCAUCAUACCAUAAUUGGAAAUUCAAAACAAAAUUUUGCAAAUUUUGGCUCAACUGAUUUGAGUGGUUCGAAAGUUAUUCGAUUAGUUCGUGCUAAGCAAGCUGUUAAACGCAAAACCAGUUUAGAUACAUUAAUUGAAGUUGUACAGAAAGAAUUACAAAAAGUGAAUGGGCAAUCUUCGAACAAUUCUAUGUCAUCGUCAAAUCAGCGAGGAUCAGCGUCUUCAAAACAUAAUUAUCAUUCUUCUUAUUCAAAAUCGGAUCAUUCAAGACCUCAUCACAAUCGCUCUUCACCACCGUCAUUCAAACGUCCAUCUCCGUCUUCAACAUCUUCAUCAGCUACUUUACUAUCAUCUGUUUUACCAGCAUCGCAUCCACGUUCAAUAACCGCACAAUCAAAUCGAUUUAAAACGUCAAGAAAAAUUGUUCGACGACCUGUCUCAUUGUCUUCGCGCAAAAAGUCAUUUGAAGAUAACGAUGACUACAAUAAUACCGAAAUGAAUAAUUAUGAUAAUCUUGAGAACAUUGAGGACAUCGUUCAGGAAACAGUUGAUGCGUUGGUAGCAAUGGCUACGAUGAAUACAGCACCAUUCGUUGUUAAUAUGCUGACUGCUAUACCAUCUCAAACACAACAACAAUCGGCAUCAUCGAACUUAUUAACAGAACAAAAAACAUUUGUAGGAUCUGUACCAACAACAACUAUUACCAAUUUUUCAGCCAGCACAAAGGGUGCAUCUAUGCCACCCUUGCCAAGUAAUUCCACAACACCAAACUAUUAUCGAAAUGAUUUAGCUAUGCUAUCGUCGACAGCGAGUGACAUUCGAAAUUCAAUGCAACUAUUACAACAGCAACAAAUUCAGACUGCUACACCGUUAUCAACACAGCCUACUUCUUCCACUUUUUUAACUCCAACAUUACAACAUAUCAGUCUCCAUCCCUCAACGACAACGAGUAGUUCUACUAUUUCUCCACUUUCCAGUCCUAUGAACAAUAAUAAUACAAAUAGCAUCAAUAAUCCACAAAUAUUUCUUAGUGAUUCCCCUAAAACGACAACUCAACAGCCAACAUUAUUCGUUACUCCCAAUUUGCCCCGUAUAUUAAAUAUUCAAACUGUGGUUCCAAAACCGACAACUAACAUUCAAAUUGGUAAUACAAAAAUCAUUUUGGUCUCACCGACAAAUCAUCAUUUACAUAAUCAACAACAAAAUACUCAACAUCAACAAAGCCCAGUAAAAUUGGUGAAAUUCAGCAAUUGUCCACCGCCACCGCUGCAGACCACGAAAACAAUUGCUAAUCCAAUACAAAUCACAACCACAAAUGAGUUCAAUCAGCAGCAGUUUCAAAGACGAUCAACUACCGCUGCGUCUGGCUCAACUAUAACAUUACCUGCCGUUCAGAUUGUCUUGCCCACUCAGUCACAAUCAUCUAAUUUUCAGUUCACCCGUACAAGAAGUGACAGCGUCUCUUCAAAUAACAACUAUAAUAACUCUACAUUUCGUUUAUCUACAUCAACGUCAUGUGACUAUUCAUCAAUGAUUCCUCAGGCAGCACAAGAAAUAACAGUUACAACAUCACCUACACCAGCCUAUUCUCAUAGUCUAUCAAUGUCCCCAUUGCGGUCAGCAGAUUACACAGAUACAUCUUCAUCCAGCGCGUUACCAUCGCCAACAAACACUAAUAAUAAUCAGCAGCAACAAUAUUAUGUUUCUAAAAAUGACACUUCGCCCUUCAAUAGCAAUCACAGUGUUAUUAUAACAAAUAAUGGAAAUUGUAAUGGAAAUUCGAAACCAAGACGACGCUCGUCAAGCAGCGCUCCUUCUGAGAAACCUAUUGGCAAAGUUUUAAGACCGAUAGCAAAAGUGUUACCGUCUUAUCCAAAUGCAACAACAGUGAGUAAUUCCACAACAGCAAAUAUUGUACAACCAAUUUCAACUGUUGUUUCUACCAGUACAAGUCCUAUGCAUCAUGAAGCGACUCCAAUGCCAUCACCUCAACAGCGACAAACAACAACUUCCGGACCCAUGAUUUAUCGCAUGACAUCAAUGAAUCCAAGUGUACCUGUGUUUCGUGUUCGUACAACAGGAAAAACAACCGAUCUACACUCAAAACCAACACCAACAACAGCAACUGUUUGUUACGAAAAUAAACACACCAAUGCUGCUGGUGCCGUUUCAGUUUUAACUUGUUUUAAAACAACUAAAAAGCGAAAUAAGGAACGUGCCAUAAUGCCUCGUCCAAGUGCUGAUAACGAUACUGCCAAUGAUCAACGUCUGAUAACCAGUUCGUCACUUGUACCCAGUCCAAAUGGACUUAUUAAUCAUGGAAAUAGUAAUACAAUGUUGCAAAUGUCACAGACGGAUGGUUUUAAUCGGCACCAUUAUCAUAAUCGAUCGAUAAUUCAUACAUCAAGCAAUGUUACUCUAUCUUACCCCGAUGAAUCAACAUCAAAUAAUCUUCCAUUAUCGGUCAAUAUGAAUGAGUUGAAAUCAGAUGAUGAUGCAAUCUAUAGCAAUACUGAUACAGUUCAAUAUCGCCCAACUCAUAUUCAAUUAAAUAACAAUCCAUCAUCUGUAACAACUAUAACUACACCAUUAAUAGUUUCUUCGCCAUCCCAUUCUUCCAUUUCAUCUGUUUCUGGUGCAAGUACACGACCAUUAAUGGAAGAUAAAUGUAUUCAGAGCAAUCCGUUUGAUGAAGAACCUGAAGAAGAUCUAGACGAUGAUGGUUCGGAAAACGAAGAAGUUGAUAAUAAUAACCAACAACAAAAUGAAAAUAGCAUGGAGUUUGAUGGUUCACCCGUUGCCGAACAAGAAAUUAUUUUAUAUUCUCAACAGCAUCCAGAGGCCAGUUUAUCUGCAGGUCGAACAACUGGUAAGCGUAUUCGUCAACGUGAAAACGAGUUAUCAGGAAAAGAUGAAAGUUGGACAGUUGCUGCUGAUACUUUGCUUCGUAAUGUAUUAUCCCAGUAUGGUUUUCGAUUUCUUGAUUUAAAAUGUCAACAAAAUUUGUCAACAAAAUUUGAUACAAUUCAAACAAAUUUAGUUAGCGGGGUUAUAUCAAAAGAUGAGUUUUUUGAUUCGAUUAUGGAUAUUAAACGGAAAUUAUUAGAAAAUAAUCUAUCGAAAAUAACAGCCGAUAAUUUAGAGAAACUUUUCAAUUAUUUUGAAUCAGAAUAUCCAAAACUAAAAGAACAAUCGACUAUUUAUUCAAUGACAAGUAGAUACCCGAUCGAAGCAAUGCCACGAGCGUCAGAUAAUCCAACAACAACAACGACUAAAUUUUCAAACGAAUGCAACGAUUGUGGACAAACUGGCACUCAAUGGUCAUCACUUAACCAUGGCGUUCUGUUAUGUGAUGAGUGUUGUUCUGUUCAUCUUAGUCUUGGGCGUCAUGUGUCACAAAUCAAAUCGUUUAAACAUAGUUAUUGGCCACCGUCUCAAUUGAAUCUGAUACAAGAAUUAAAUCAAAAUGGUGCUAAUCUUGUAUGGGAAUAUAAUCUUUUAGAUCCACAAAAUAAAGUUUCAAGAAAAAAACCAAAUGCAAAAGAUCCUUUACCAGUAAAAGCAGAAUUUAUUCGAGCCAAAUAUCAACAGUUAGCGUAUAUAAAUCGACUCAGGGAUGAAACGAGUUUGACAUUCGAAGAUUUACAUCAGCAACUUCAUUCCAUAGCUCGUACAGAUAAUGUAACAACCUGUUUGCGAUUUUUAUCUCAAGGCGCCGAUCCUAAUUAUAAAAAUCCAGAAACUGGUACAUCAUCACUUCAUGUAGCUGCUAAUCGUGGACAAAUGAAUCAGGUCGAACUAUUAUGUAUAUUUGGAGCAGAUCCUGGAUCUCCUGACAGUUCGGGAAUAUCUCCCGAACAACAUGCAAGAUUAAAUGGAUAUAUUGAAUUAAGUGAACGUUUAGUUGAAUUACAACAUGAAUUAACAGAUCGUUUAACUUAUUUCAUUUGUAACAAGAGACCUAAUCAUAUGAAUGGACAACAUCUAAUUAUACCAGACAUUAGCAAUAGUUUAGAUACAUCGGAUCAUUCACGAUCGGCCCGUCGAAAACUUCAACAGUUGUCUGAUUCAUUAUUUGAAGAUCUUGCAAUGGAUGUGUUUGAUGAAGUAGAACGGCGAGAACUGGACACAAUUUGGCAUACACAAGUUGAAAAGCAGUUGCAGUCACUCCAUGUUGUACCGUUUUUACCUGUUAAUUCAGUAUUUUCAGCAACAAGAAAUCAGGUACAAUCACGAUCAUUACAAAUGCCAAUGUAUGAGUUAAAUAGUGUUUAUUUUAAGGGACGUCAAAAAUUAGCACGUUAUGGCACGAAAGAGUUUACAACAUUAAUCUAUGACAUUCUAACUGAAAUCCGUCGAAGACAUUAUGGUGUGCAAUCACCUGUUCAACAAUCAAAAUUUCACACCUUACCACGUCAUCAUGCUGGUAUGAAUAAUAAUAACUCAUUGAUGUUAAAUGAUACUUUGUUGCCAACAAUGAAUGGUAUUGGAACACGAACAGGCCCAUUUUCAAAUCUUUACAGUGGGACAUCAUCAAGUGCAAUGAUAAAUACGUUUAUUGAUUCGGAUGAUGAGCCGUUGUAUGAUAAAGUGGCAUCUGAUGAAGAUUACAGUAGUUUACCCGUACAUCAUAAAUCAAAACUAAUUCACAAGGAUAAGCAAGCGAAUAAUAUGGAAAAAUUAUUCAAAAGAAUGAGAAAGAGUUUAAAUUUAUCGGAUGUGUCGAAUGAAGACAAUCACAUUCGUUCACAAGAACAACAUCAGCAAGAACAAAAUAAUUUAAAAGCAAGAGUAAUUAAUACAGAAACGCAAUUAAAAUUUUUGUCUUGUGCACAUGUAGAUUUAAAAAAUGAAAUUGCCGUAUUACAUCAAAUGAUUCAACGCUUAUUAGACGAAAGUCUAUUGAAUAAAGUUGAUCAACAAAUGUUAGAUAUCGAUAAUCACACUCUAUCUACAAACGAUACAUUGCCAUCUAAAUCGUCGAAAUCAUCUCGAAUACAAGAUAUUGAUAUAACAGUAUCAACAUCGACGACAACAACAAACACAACUACGAAUGACGAUGGAAAGACUUUGGAAAAAUCCAAUCAUCAAUUGUUUGAUAGUCACAGUCGAAAAUCAAGUCCAAUUAUUGAAAGUGAUUAUGAUAAUACAACUAUACCUGAUGAUCUGGAUAGAUCCAGUCGUAGCAUACAUCGACUUCCAUAUGAAGAUAUAAGAACGAACUCAUUAGCACAAUCACGUCCGUUCAGAUCAACUGAUUGGGUAAAUGGAGUAGAGUCAUCAUCCCGAAGCCCAUUAGCCUCAAUAAUAUCUCCAACUGUUCCAUUAUCGUCGAUAACAAUGAAUGAAAUAUUAAAAACUUCGUUCAUACAGGGUACUCGAGCCAGAUCUUGCUCUGGUGGAAGGAAUAAAGCCACAUCUCCCACGUUGAUACGAAAAGGCUUAUGCAGUCAAACAAACGCUGAUGUUGAUAAACGGGCACGUAAAAUCACCCACAGAAUAGCCGAAAUGUUUCAGUUUAUAAAAGAAAAUCAAUAUGAUUCAUUUGUAUUCUGUGCGGAAAAAAUUAAUAAUUCAGUGUACGAUAUGAUAAGGCUGUUUCCUGAGAAUUAUCUAACAGACGAAAUUCGUGUUAACCUUGAAAUGCUGGCAACAGGUGCAAAACAUCUUCUUUUAUAUUCUAAAGAAAAACGUAAUCGUAAUGAACAAAUUCAAUUAAUUAUUGAUAAUUCUUAUAAUAUUGCAUUAGCUCUGAAAAAACUUGUAGCGUUACAUCAGCAAUUAUAA